AUGGACCCAAAGGAAGUUAUUGCUGCAAGGUACCUUAACAUCUGCCACGUGUAUGACAGUUCAAGAACAACUAUGUGCGAAGGUUCUUAUUGGUACUUAACCAUUAAAAUAUGCUACUCCUUGAUCGGAGACCUGAAAGACGGUGUCCGAGUACUAGGACCCAAGGCAACUAGUGUGAGAGUUGCAGUGAACCUUGACAUGAUGACAGUUCAAGUACAACCAUGGAAGGGCUCCAGAGGAAUUAGACACGAGUAA